GAAUUCUAUUGUUUGUUGUGGUUGCGACCAUGACACUCAAGAUUUCUCUCUACUAAAGCAAAAGCACCGCUCCUCUACGUUUCUACUACAGCUGUCUACUACUACUACUACUACUACUACUAGUACAAUGACAACGCGUCCUUCUUCUGGCCGUCGCCUGUUGAUCAAAGAGAGCAGCAAUGCUACUUCUAACGCUACUGGUGCUACUACUAGUAGUAGUGGUAAAAAGUCUCCCACUAACAACACUACUAACAACACUACCAGCGUUGGCGUACAUGUAGGAAAGAGCCAAAAGCAUUUUGAACAAUUGCGCCGUUUGAUUUUGUCCCGCGAUCCUUGCUUAGAAGAAAUCCAGCGCCUGGUGGAAUUGGAUCCUCUGUGCGUCCAACAACGAGACCCUCAUCAUUCUCUACUGGCUUUGCACUGGUCAAUUGUCUUUCAGAACGAUUUGUCUAUCAUUCAGUAUUUGUGCCAACAGUAUCCACAAGCUCUUACAGAGGUUGACAAUGACGGUCGUUUGCCGUUGCACCACGCUUGUAGACCGGAAGGAAGCAUUGACUUGGUCGCAUUCUUGCUCCAACAAAACUCCAAAGUCGCCACGCAGAGAGACCACCGUGGAAAAACUCCGCUCCACUGUGCUUCCAUGGAAGGCGUCCCUUCCGAUAUUCCACGCUUACUCCUACAAGCCAAUCCACCCUGUGCCAAAAUAAGGACUAGAGAUGGACAAACUCCUCUAUUCAUGGCAUGUGAUGCAAAUGCUCCAAAUACUACCAUUCAGCUUUUAGUGGAUGCAUACCCAGAAGCUGUCAAGUACUUGCAGGAAAAUACUACUGGAAAGUUCAAAACGGCAAAGGAUUACUUGGCCUUCAAAGUCAGACAAACCGAGCAAGAAGCAGACAGGCAGGCAGCAGAGCAAAAGAAGAAGAAACUAAAACAAGUGCAAAACACCAGAUAUGAACCAGACAUCUCCAUUAAACAAAAUGCUACCUCGGACAGUGACAAAAUGAGGAGAAUCCUAUCCGAAGAAGAACGACAGAUACAGAUUGAAGAGCAAGAGCAACAACUCACUCGAUUGGCAAAACAGGAACGGGAUGCCGCCCUUCAACUGCUUGAACAGCAAGAACUGGAUGUAGAGGAAAAGGCAAAAGAGCUAGACAGACUCAUUCAGCAAAAGGAGGCACAGUUGGACAGUGAACGCUUUCACAAGGAAACUCAACGAAUCUACAACGAAAACAACACCAACAUCAACAGUAUUGAUGCGGCCAAACGACAACUCAACGAUUCUGGAAUUGGACGCUCCCGAUCUUUCAAUGGAAACGUCAACACACAAAAUCUACCGCCCGCCAUGGCCAUUCAUAUUGCCACACAGCAAAACGCAAACAACACCACCGAUCCACCCAAACCCGAAACACUACAACAGCAGCAGCAACAACAACAACAAAACAGCUUUAUCAACACUCCCAGUGUCCUGUCGUCGUCCAGGGGCGUCAGUGUCGAAUUUGACACUCAUCACCACAAGCAAACUCGUCAUCAGCAUGCGGGUCGAUUUGAUCUCGUUGACGAAGACUACUUGGAUGAGGAUGAUGAAGAUGAUGCCUACUUUGAUUCCCUAAGGCAUUCUUCCAAUACUGAUCAUCACAUCCACAUCCAGUCGCACAAUCAGAGUCACAGUCACAACCACACCCAGCCAUUGUAUCAGGAAUCCAAAGUGCAUACUGGAGACUCCACGGCGUGGAUGCCAGGAGGAGGUGAUCCGUCCGUUGACAGCAGUUUCCAACACCCAAUGCAAACCACAACCGACAAUAAUAACAACACUUCAGCAGCCAAUCCGGCAACCGAUGAUUCCAACAUUCGGUUCAUGGAUAUUCGAGACCCGGCACCCCGCAAAGCAUCAUCUAGUAAACCCAAUGAUAAGAACAACUCGUCCUCUGUGGGGGCUCCUAUUCAAGAUCAGCUUCAGCACGCCAUGCAAAUGCUCGAACAAGCCGAAGAUAGACGAAAGGAAGAAAUCAAGGAGGCACAAGAACAACAAUCCAAAAUGCAACAAGAGUUGGCCAAACUCAUGGAAAAACUAGAAGUCAGUGAAAAAAGCAGGGCGGCGGCAGAACAGGAACGAAAAGCCCAAGAACUCAAGGCUCAGCAAGAAGCUGCAGCGGCGGCGGCGACUGCCGAACAAGAAGCCAAUGCGGCCAAACAACGUCCUCCCAAACCGGUCGGACGACGAACACCUCCCGCGACCACGACAACAACAACCGAUCCGACGACUACGGCCAUGGUUCGAGGAUACUUUAGUGGCGGCGCCAGUCAGAGUUUUCCCGAUGCUCCCACCCGUAUCUCGACCACUGCCGAAAGCAGCGGGACCUAUACCAUUGACCACUCCAUGGGAGGAGUCCCCACCAGCAGUCGUUCCCAAUUCGCCAAACGGCAACAGCAGCAGCCACCGGCGCACCACGAAGAUGCUUCGUUGGCUCAUAGUGGUGUCACUCCCACGACGACGAACGAGUUUCUGAAAGAUUCGCACGGACGAACGCCUCUGCACGUGGCAUUGGCCAAUGGACCGUCCUACACGGUUGUUCAGUUCUUGCUGCAACAGUUUCCACUUGCCAUUUUCCAAACGGAUGAACAAGCCAAUACGCCCCUUCAUGCGGCCUGCUCUUGCCCCAGCACUCCUCUUGAGAUAUUGCAGUUGCUCUUGGAUAUCUUUCCCGCAGCAACGCUGAUGUCCAAUGCAGAGCAGCAACUUCCGUUGCACUUGGCGUGUCAACAUCAUGGACAACGAGUCGAAGUGUUGCAACUGCUGCUGGAUUGUGCUCGAACUGUCGAGCACGAUUUGGCUCACUCGGAAGGCGAAGGAGGCGACGAUGGCACCAAGGCCAAUGCAAGGAGUUGAGUUGAGUUGAGCUGAGUUGCUUGGGGUGGCAAACAGAAUCGAAUGAUUCUGAUGGUUGAUGGACUUGUGUGUGAGUGUGUGGAACAUCUUGUUGAACUGUGAGCUUGGUGCGUUCGUCUUCAAUUUGAGCAGAGUACGGUACAGUAGCGCAGCAUACCAGCAGCACUGUUUCUGCUGAAAAAGUAAAUAUGUAUAAUCAUGGUUAAGUUUCUAGUGCGGCAUUGUAAUCACCGGUGCGGUAGUCUAGUUUUCCGCCACAUUAUUUUCAUCCUUCAUCUGCCUUGUCCAUUCAACUUUCGUCUGCCUUGGCUCUUUGUUUAUGGAGGGCGAAUUCAAUUAAUUCGUUCAGGAACUUGGACUUGGCUGCCUGAUUCAUUCUUUGGAGGACAAUGGGCAAACUUACACGUUCUCGUGUACCGCUUUCUCAUCCGUGCUACACCAUUAUUAAUUUAUAAAGGAAAAAGAAACAGUUGAA